CCUUGGUGUGCAGGUGUCCAGGGGGAGUGAGUCCAAACCGGGAAUCCAAAACAGAAGCUUAAGUCUAUGGCCAGGCGAUCAAUCCGGGAGAAUAAAAACGGGAACCGGGUCGGGACCGGCGGGGGGAACAGGAACAGGGACAGGAACAGAAAGUUAAAAACAUGACGGAGCCAGACACAGCAGGACUCGGGCUCACGCGAAACGUGAUUCAAUGUAGAGCUACGAAUGACGUCUGCGUCUGGCUUUUAAGGGGGAACUGAAGAGGGGCUGGAAUGAGGCAGAACGAGGAUGAGCUGGAGCUCCCUAAGAGGAGGAGAAGCGAUCGUGACAUCGUGUUUUCAAUGUGAAAAGAGAACUUUGAUCCUGCAGUUUUUUGUUCCAUGGUUUGCAUGAUAUAAACAUGGUAUCGUGUGUAAUCAGACUGACUACAUCAGCACCUGCAGUGCUGUCUGCAUGGGAGUUUCUAGUUUAAUUGGUUUCUAGGAAAACUGGUCUUGGCAUCUGCCCAGGUGGUACUCCACCUUGUAUCCGUCGCUUGCUAGGAUAAAUUAGUGAGGGGGUCUGUGUUUAUAAGAUAACGAGAGGAAGAUCUGCUUUGGCUGAAAGUAAAAAAGUAAUACUGUAUAUCUAAUAACGCGACGCCUCAGUAUAAUCAGAUGUGUGUACUGAAAACGAAAGUGGAAAUAAAACUCUCAUCAGAACUGCCUUUCCCUUUAACGACUUCUAACUUGAGGUUUCUAUUUACUUCGAAGCGCUAUGCGCUGUGUUUUGUGUAAAGAUCGCUAAGUCCUACAUCUGUAUGAACUCGCUUUCCCUUCGCACACGAUGCUGCUGUAAAUGGAUAUAUCCCAAGACUCUUUCGCCUGCUAGGGAAAAUAUAUAUCCCACAAAACAAAUUUGAGUCGUUGAGUCCCAGACAAAGGUAAUUUGCAAAUUACUCUUUUUCAAGGAGCUUAGCUGCGUGAUUAUCCUCAGUACAGAGGAACACAGACAGAAAACAGCAGGCAGAGAACGACAGGUCCAACACUGAAGGAACCAUAACAGGUUCUGAUGGUGAGGUGAGUCAAGGACUGAGAAGCUUGCAGAGGAGUAGGAUUCUGUAGCAAACACGGGCGGAGACGUUAGACCACCUUUGUCUUUGACCUCUGAGCAGAGGACUCCCUGUUGCUCUGCAGGAGUGGGAGACUGGGUGUGAAAGAGGAUGGGCUCAUGUAUCAUUGCUGAUGAUUUCACUGGGCAAAUGAAUGACAGCACUGAGGACCAGGACCCAGCAGGACAGCCAGUAAAGGGUUACAAUGGUUUGAAAAACCAAGGAGCAACAUGCUACUUGAACACAGUGCUGCAAGUCUUCUUCAUGACCCCAGAAUUCAGAACUGCAAUAAAUGGGAUGGAGGAGGAGAGCGAAGGAAGUGUCUCAUUCCAGCUCAGGACAUUGUUUGAAGGACUAGAACAGGGACAUGCAUGUGUUGAAACAAAGGGCAUCGUAAAGAGUCUUGGGAUAGUAAACGUUUAUGAGCAAAGAGAUGCCGAGGAGUUUUUCCAGAGGAUAUUAAAUGCAGUCAGCAGAGAUGCCUCAAAGUUUUUUCAGGGCACUUUAAUACAUACAACAAAGUGUUUGAAAUGCAACUUUCUGUCAGAGGAGGAUAAAAGUCAAUUCCUGGAUAUUCCAUUGUCUGUUAACGUACAACACAAUGAGCUCUACAAUAUUGAGGAUGCUCUUGAAGAAUUUUUCAGAACCUCACAAAUGACAGGAGAAGACCAGCUGUACUGCGACAAUUGUGAAGACAAAACCGACACAGAAAUGGGUUGCUGUUUAGGAGAAAUGCCAGAUAUUUUAAGUCUACAUCUGAAAAGAUUUGAUUACGACUUCUAUCAAGAGAGCUAUGUGAAGAUAGAGUGUCCAGUGAACAUUCCUCUUACGAUACAGUUUAAAAUGAAGCCUCAAAAAUACGAACUGUAUGCUCUUUGCAAUCACAUAGGAAGUUACAGAGGAGGACAUUAUGUGGCAAACAUUAAAUCAUUGGAUGAUGGAAAAUGGUACAUUUUUGAUGACACAGAAGUUAAAUUUAAGUCCAUGCCUAGUUACCAGGAACCCGAGCAGCACGAGAACGACUAUCAGAUCAUUAUGAAGACAAGUAUACAUUACAUAAGGUCCCAGGAUGCAUACUUGCUUUUAUACAGAGUUGUGUCUGAAAAUGGGGAUCAUGGUCUUGCAUGGAUCAGUGCUACACUUAAUUAUGCUACCGACGGUGUUCCCAAUCUGCAGACGGGACAGGCAGAGGAUUCAGAGAACUGUGUUGGCCAGAGGAGUAAUCGUACGGAUAAAGCACCGCGUUGUGGAAGGAGGGUAAGUACUGUAUACUUUACAAAGUGGACAUGGGAUGUAAUUGAAACAAGGCCUAAAUGAAGACAUCUUUAUGUAUUAAAAAUAGAUGUCUACCCUCUGUGUGUAUCAUCCCUUUGGCUCAUGCUUUAAUUUUAUAUAUACUGUACAUUUUCCUGGCAGUG